UUCACAACACGGUACAGUGGAACACAGUCCUCUGGCUGUAGAGGCAACUAAGCAGAGUGUGAUUAGUCUACCGUGAUAGCUUCAGUUUUUGGUCUUAAAAAAGCUAUCUAUCACUGAUCAUGGACGCUGGUGUAAAAAUCUGACUUCCUAUUCUCCUCCCUUAUAUUGGGGGGUUUUAUAGCAACAAACACUGGAUCCAAGCUGGAUUUAUUUGGAAUUAUAACACAUUUCGCAGGGGCAAUACCAUUCAUGUCAAUACUCCAAAAUGCAACCACCGCCGAGGAAGGUCAAAGUGACGCAGGAGUUGAAGAACACGCACACAGACCAGAUGACCAGGCUGCACUUCAAACACCAGACAGAGUGCGACCUGCUCGAUGAUAUGAGGAGUUACACUCUGAAGAAAGGACAGCUGGAGAGAGACUAUGCCCAGGCUCUGCAAAAGUUGGCGAGUCAGUACCUGAAGAGAGAUUGGCCAGGAAUCAACCCUGAUGAUCAGAGAACUGACUACAGGAAUGUGUAUGUGGUGUGGAGGUCCUACUUGGAGGGUACGGUGCAGGUGAGCCAGUCCAGACUCAAUGUUUGCGACAACUACAAGGGUCAGGUCUCGGACCCGGCCAAGACCCUGCGGCUCUACAAGGAGCAGCAGCUCAAGAAGACCAUGGAGCAGCUGAACGGCAUACAGGCAGAGCUGCAGGAGUCAGCGAAGGAGCUGGCCAAGGCCAAGAAGAAGUACUACGACUGUGAGCAGGUGGCUCACGCCGUGCGGGAGAAGGCCGACAUAGAGGCCAAGUCCAAGUUGGGUUUGUUUCAGUCGCGAAUUAGUCUACAGAAAGCGAGUGUGAAGUUGAAAGCCAAAAGGAGUGACUGUAACUCCAAGGCGACCCAGGCCAGGAACGACUACUUGCUGACCCUGGCGGCUGCCAACGCCCACCAUGACCGCUACUACCACACAGACCUGCUGUACGGCAUCCAGGCUCUUGACGGGGGGGUCUUCGAGCACGUGAAGGACUACCUGGUGGCUCUGUGUCGCACCGAGCUGGAGACCUUCACGGCCACACACAACACCUACCAGUUCCUCCUUGACAAGUCCACCAGGGUAAUACAGGAGUUCAACCAGCAAUUAUUCAUGCAGGAGAACCCUGUGUUUCACAAAGCACAUGACUUCCAGUUCCAGCCCAGCGACUGUGACGUAACUCUGAGCUCGGUGCCGCAGUUGGUGGACAUUGAGCCUUCGCCGGUCAGUGCCAUGAGAAUGACCCUGGCACAGAGCCGGCAGUUGGAGUCUGAGACGGGGACGACGGAGGAACACAGCCUGAAUAAGGAAGCCAGGAAGUGGGCGACCCGAGCAGCCAGGGAGCACAAGAACAUCAUCCACUACAAGAGGUCCCUGGAGGAGUGUGAAAGCCACGGACUGCCCUCCACAGAGCAAGGCAGACUAGACCUGGAGCUGAAGAUAGAAGACACCAAAGAAUGCAUACGGAAAGCUGAGACCAUCAAAUUGAAAGCUGAGGCGCGCUUGGACCUGUUAAGACAAGUGGGCGUUUCCGUGGAUACCUGGCUGAAGAGUGCCAUGAACCAGGUAAUGGAGGAGCUGGAGAAUGAACGCUGGGCUAACUACAAUUCCAUUGAUCCCUCACUCUCGGGCCCGGUGGAGCUGGACCGGGAGGAAGGGGAGGAGUGUGAGGAGAACAUGGAGGUGUUUGACGACAGCAGCUCUAGCCCCUCUGGAACGCUACGCAACUACCCACUCACCUGCAAGGUCCUGUACUCCUACAAGGCAUCCCAGCCUGAUGAGUUGACCAUAGAUGAACAAGAGAUGUUGGAGGUCAUUGAGGACGGUGACAUGGAGGACUGGGUUAAGGCCCGCAACAAGACGGGGCAGGUGGGCUACGUCCCGGAGAAGUACCUGCAGUUCCCCACCUCCAACAGCCUGCUGAGCAUGCUGCAGUCCCUGAGUGCCCUGGACGCCCGCUCACACACCUCCUCCAACUCCACCGAGCCCGAGCUGCACGCCGGGGGCAUCAAUGGAGAGAGCCACAAUGUGUAUGUGCGUGCUCUGUACGACUAUGAUGGCCAGGCGGAGGAGGAGCUGUCCUUCGUGGAGGGAGCGGUCAUCCGUCUCCUGAGCCGCGACAUGCAGACGGACGACGGCUUCUGGGAGGGCGAGCUCAACGGGAGGGUGGGGGUGUUCCCCUCCGUGCUGGUGGAGGACCUGGCCGAGAACGGAGAGCCAGGAGGAGGAGGAGGCGGAGGAGGAGGAGGAGGAGGAGGAGGAGGAGGAGGGGGGGGGACAGCGGACACGCCGCAGGUGUCCCUCUCUGUGAAGAUGAUGUCGUCGCUGCCCCCCCUGCCCCUGUACGACCAGCCUCCCAUCAGCUCCUUCACCAGCACCGAGAGCGCCGCCACCACGCCGCCGCCCCUCCCCCGCUCGCCCUCGGCCGCCACGGUCAACGGGGACCACAAGCCCCCGCUCCCCGCACUCAAGGGCCCACCCGUCACCCACAAUCACAACUCUGGCAGGAGUCCCGUGUCUCCAGGCUUUCCUCAGCCUCUCCGCUUCACCCCUGACGGAGGGCCGGGCAAACUACGGCCUGUGCGUGCCGCCCCCCCUCCUCCAAAACAGCACCCCCGCAGAAAGCCGGAGAAAAGCAGCAAAUCUGAGGAGGUGGAGAUCACACUUGUGUGACUGACAAAACUGCCGGAUGGAUAGAAGGACAGAUAUACAGAAAGAGAGAGAGAGAGAGAGAGAGAGACACGUCCCCUAAAGGCUCUGGAACUAACCUGCCCUUAUCCUCACAAAAAAAAACUGAAAAGGGGAACGAACCCACCUCACCGCCAUGCUCCUCCUCAUCCUGGCGAUGAAGAGGAGGAGGGACAGGGGAAUAAAGCCGGGUCGGAGGAAGGGGACCGCUGGCUCCGCCUCCCAAAGAGGGUGGAGGUCAACCCCACCAUCUCCACCGCCCACCUCCUACUCGCCUUAAAGCCUGGUUUCAUCCGGCAGCCAUCUUGGAAGAAGGAGCUCUGCUGGAGAUGGGCUAGGAGCAGGGGCCGAGGCGAGGAGCCUCGCCACUAAACGCUUACCGGGCACAGCAGCAAGGGGGACCCACUAUGCCGACGUAUUAAAGAGACACUGUAUGUCAACGACCUGCCGGGCAAGGUUAUCCUGCUGUCAUCAAUCAACCUUUAUUUAUUCAGAGUGGGGUGAACAAAACACCCAGUGAAUAAAUCAAGGUUGUCUUUCCGUGAAGAAAUGAACAUGGAGAAAAAAAAAAGAAAAGUGUUUUUAAAUAAUAACAAUUGCAGACAUGGCAUGUUUGCACACCCAGAAGAAAAGCUGAGAUCCAAGCUGGAUCGUUAUUUUGAGAGUUGGGGUCGGUUGCGAUUGAGACGGUUGAGUUGGAGACAGAAUGGUGUGAAAUGCCAGCCCUAUCCCCCAGCAUCGCGUCAUAUUUAAUGUAUUAGUGCAGUACAUAACUGUGGUCAUAGGAUCAUCGCAGCGCAGCACUCCACAUAUUAUAAUAACGCAGUUGAACCUGUUUGAUAUGUAGUUACUGACUGUCGUCACAUUUCAGAAGAAUAUACACGGGUGUUGUGAAUGCAGCCGGGAGGAGGAGAGAGAGAGAAAGAGAGAGAGAGAGGGAACGAGGGAAGUAAAUACAUAAAGUGAGAGAGACAGGCAGGGGUGGCUGGUUCCACCCCUGGCGUCAGAGUCCUCUCUCCAGCCCUCCCUCCCCUGCUCUUCUCCCCCUCCUAAGUUGUCGCCUCGUACCCGUGUGCGGCGUGUUUCCUUGGUGUACGGCACGCCGUGUGAAGCAGUGGUAGACACACACGCACACACAUUAUUUACCCUCAUUAACACAAGCACAUGAACACACACAAACAUGGCGGCCGUACCACCCCCCCCCUGCCUCCCAGUCUCUGCGUCUGUAUCGCUAAUAUUUAGUCCUGGAAGACGUCCGCCGUGCAGGAGACGGGAUGGAGGGGGGCGGGGCCAAGGGGUCACGGGACAUGGGUCCGGGAUAACGGGAUUGACGGAAUCCUCUUUGAAAGGGAUUUGGAGGAGCGCUUGUGGAAUGGGAGGGUUUUCGUUUCAUUUGAUUGGAUGAGACAGAGUGGAGUCAGGGUCUCGUGUUUGAUUCCCCCCCCCCCCCCCUAGCUCUUUGUAUUGUUUAUUAUUUUCAUUUCAUGUCAUUUUGUUGAGCAGACCUGCUUGGUGUUUAUCUUUCGCCGACCUCUUUAUGUUUCUGUUACAGAGUGGUGAGCCCUCAAGGUAUUAAGUUGUGUAUUCAGUUCAGUAUCACCCCUCACCUUUGGUUGUUUUCAUUGUUUUGUGGUUCAACUUUGCCCCAGGGCAGAUGAGACGACGAACCAAAAAAGGGCAAGAAUGAAAGAUAUGUACGGUUUUUUAAAUGCUGUUUCAAAACUCUUUCACACACAUUCAGCUAGAAGCAAAUCGCCUGCAACCAGUCAUAAAAAUGGAGCUAGAUAAAAUCACAUCUUUCCUUAUCGGGAAAGAUAUAAAUCAGAUGUAAUUCAGCUUAUUUAAACUCCCUCCAAGCCUUUUCCCCCCUGCCUAAAAGGCAAUGUAGCACUUUUUUUGAAAGGUAGCCAUGUGUUGUUCCCUUUAAGAAAACGUAUCCCCGACAUAAUUGAGCUAGGUGUGCUCUCCCUAGAGCACUAUAGAACUGUUUAAUUGAUCUAAAGCGUAGUACUUCUAAUCACUCCAAUUGUGUGGACGAUCCUCUUUGUAUCAGUGUGACUGAAGUUUUUUAUUUUGUAUUAUUUUAUAUUAUUAUUAUUUUAAUCUGCCAUCUUUAUAAGGGAUGGCACGGCUAAGUUGAACUUUGUACAUUUGUGUUUAACUUCAAAUGAAACCAUUCAGAAUACAGUUGAAGUGUAUCUUUAUAAAGAGGCCGACAAACAGUGUACUUUGAGACAGGUAUGAGCAGAUGUGUGGGAGCACAUGUGUAUUGUACUUCUCAUAGGAGAAGAGGAGAGGUGUGUUUGAAUAACACGGUCUACUCUCAACAUGUGCCCUGCUGCCGCCCUCUUUUUGUUGGCUAAGGAACAAGUUUUUCCCAAAAGUCCCAAUAUUGGAACAAAAAAUGUAAGUGUUUCCUUCCUGUCUCUGGCGCGGGAACAAACGAUUACGAUUUCUUUGGGCAAGUAAACACGACAUUGCUUCUGCUUUCUCAAAUGAGUCCUCUAUGACGUGUUGUGUAACAAAGAACAUGCCGUGUUGUGUAGAUAAUUCAGGGCAUUAGCAGAGCCUGUUGGGUUGACCCUUUUGUGUCUCGCUAAAUUCCAAGAAGUAGCAAGAUCUUUUUUCUUUUCUUUUUUCAUGCGACGCAACUUCGACGGCAGCCUGGUGUUGAUCUCUCUGAGAUCUUAUUGAUAAUAUGUUGAAACUUGUUUUGAAGUUUAUGGUUUACAGAAAUGUCCCUCGUUCUGCAAACAACAAUCAAACCGAUCAAGCGAACCUCGACGUUCACCGCGCUCUCCCCGUUCAAACCGUUCCUAUUUUUAAAAAGUAAACCUUUCGGGUUCAGUGUUUUUAUUAUUUGUUCUAGUUUCUUGUUUUGUUUGGUCAUUCUUUUUGGAUUAGGGGAAGUUGCACAGCUGCUAUAUAAUAGAUGCGGUGGAAUGGCCUUCUAUCUAUUAAUAGAUUAUUGCCAUAUUAUCAAUAACAAGAGAAGGUGCAAAAUUGAUUUCAAGAUAUUCAUAUUGGCUGUAAAAAAAAAACACAACAAAGUUUGUAUUUAUUGUGUACAAAUGUUAAUAAAAAAUAUGGGAAAAAUUA